UUCAGCCAGAGAAAAGGGAAGUUUAUAUCUUAUUCAAAUGUUCUGACAUGGUUAAUUACCUUCAGUGAAAGAGAGAGACGACGUCUAGACGAGCAGAACCAUAAGCUGUAAAGAUCAUCGAGGAAUUGAAGAUGGUGCUUCUGUUCUCAUUUCUAAUACUAUCUCUGAAGAUAUCAUGUGUUUCUUCUUGGUCUGUUGGUAAAUGUCUUUUCUACAGUGAUGUGGAAGAGUUUCCUGUUGCUAAAACUUGUGCUGGAAAAACAAACGCUGCCUUCUGCCAUCAUGUCACUGACAUUAAAGAAGACCUGCGUAAACUUCCAUCAAACUUGCGGAAUCUCUGCAUUCACGUGGACCGAGACUGCCACGGUGCCUUGGCUCCAGACUCAUUCGCACGUUUUGUUUCUCUGGAUUACCUUGAAAUUAAUGGAUGUUUUUCAGAGAUCCCUUCGGAAGCUUUUAAUGGUUUGACAAAUGUAACUUCAUUCAAAUUAAUGAACUCGGCUUCAACAGGCUGUUGUGAGGUAGCUCUUGAUUUCAGUCGCCUUCCCUCACUUAACACAUUGCAUCUUUCAAACUAUAGAUUAUCAUUAUUGGCACCAAAUGUUUUUGAAAUGAUUCCUCACUUGCAAAAAUUACACUUAUUCGAAAUGUGUUUGAAGGAUAUAUCUGAGGUUCUGUGUCGACUGGCAAAUGUAAAAUCACUGAAGGUGUUUUAUCUAAGUGAACAAACAUUAAAUAGACUUCAGUACCCAAACUGUUCAGUUUUCAACACCUCUCAUGGUGACAUAUCUACUGAGUUAAACAUUGAAGAGGUAGAAUUGUAUCUUGGAAUAUUAGAGCAUGUAGAUGAAGGAGCUUUGGAAGUUUUUGGAAAUCUGUUUGUGUUUCACUUACGCUUGUCCUCUGAUUUACUCAGAGUUCUUUCUUUAAUUGGAGUAUAUAAAAUCAAUACUUUGACUGUCAUGGUGGAUGUACUUAAAAUUGAUGAUUUGUGUACAGCAGCAAAGUUAUAUUCGAUUGAGUCUUUUCAAGUUUUUUAUGAGACUAUUAACUUGCCACUGACUCCUACUAAUAUCUCAGAUGGCUGUGAAGAUGUUAAGACGAUUAAUCUCAAAAAAUUAUUAUUACCUGUAAACCUCUUAGAUGUAUAUUCGUUCUUUCAGAUUUUCAGGAACCUCACUUUGGUUAACAUUGCUAAGCAUGAGCUUAGACCAAAUGAUUUCCAAUCUCUUUGUGUUUCAGAUCCACAUAUAGUCAAACAGCUUUCCUUUAUGUUUCUAAGCUCAAAUAAGAUAGAUGAGAUAGUUUCAUACCAGUUUAUGUGUUUCGCAGAACUUGAAAUUCUAGAUUUAUCCACAGAUCACAUUUCUAACAUAGAAGAUUUUGCUUUCUUUGGAUUGAACAAUUUGAAAGAGCUAUAUCUCUGUAGCAACAAGUUAUCUUACAUUUAUCAACACACAUUCAGUGGUUUAUAUGGACUAAUGGUCCUAGAUCUCCAAGAAAAUCCUAUUAUUCAUAUCGAAUCUAAUUCAUUUGGACAUCUUAUUAACCUUAGCACACUUCUGCUGGGAGAUCUGAACUUCCCACCUGACAUGUCACCAAUCAAGCUGCAUUUAUCUGAUAUAUUUGGCAUAAUUCCACAUAAUUUGAGUAACAUUUUAAUUAGUUCAGGCCUGAGACCAAUGCAGCUUGUGAUCGGGAGUAAUACUACACUGGAUCAGGCCCUAAACUUACACAUCAAAGGUCAAUAUGUGACUGUUGAGGACUGCAACAGUUCACUCUUGACAUCUGUAGUCACACUUCAGAUAGAUGCAGCAUAUGUGAGCUGUGGAAAUGAAUUCAUUGGGAAAUAUGUCAGAUCGGUCGUCAAUCUGGAAUUUAACUCAGUGUUCUCAGAUGAUAUUGGAGACUUGGCUGUAAUCAAUCAGCUUGUUCAUUUAAAAACCUUAAAACUGGAAAACAUUGAAUUGACUAAGCAGCCAAACGUGGCCGUAAUGUUUCACAAUUUGACCAAACUCCAGACGCUGAUCCUGGCGAACUGCAGAUUCUUCUUUCUGGAUGGAAGUCUGACCAAAGAUUUAAAGGCACUGACAGGUCUAGUGCUCAUUCUAAAAGACAACGUCAAUGUUCUUCAAAACUUGGUGGAACAUCUCACUAGUUUGAAAUACCUCUGUCUUCAGGGCUUGGGUCUGUACUGCAGUUGUGAUAAUGCGUGGCUGGUCUCAUGGGUGAAGGACAACAGUAAGGUGCAGGUUGACAUGUUCAACCCCACCAUGAAAGAACUGCAGUGUUUGAGUGACAAUGGAAUUGACCACCUCAACUUUAUUGGUUAUGCUAAGGAGAACUGCUCAUUUGAAAUCGAAUUUGUGUUCUUUGCCUCCACCUCUGCAUUUUUGUGUAUUUUUAUUAUUGUGGUACUGUCAUAUAAGUUUGCAGGCCAAUACAUUGCGCCUUUCUAUCAUAUCGCCAGCGGAUGGUUCAGAGAGGCUUUGCGUGUGAACGGUAAACAUCAGUACCGCUAUGAUGUUUUCGUGUCUUACAGCGCUAAAGAUGAACACUGGGUCAUGGAGGAACUUCUUCCGAACUUAGAGAGGCGCGGCCCUCCGUUUUUGCGUCUCUGUCUGCAUAGUCGGGACUUUCAGUUGGGAGAAGACAUUGUGGAAAACAUCACAGACAGCAUCUACGCAAGUCGUCAGACUCUUUGUCUCGUCAGUCGCAACUACCUCGGUAGCAACUGGUGUUCUUUGGAGAUGCAGCUGGCCACCUACAGGCUCCAGGUAGAACACAGGGACAUUCUUAUCCUGGUCUUCCUAGAAAUGAUUCCGUCUCGCUUGCUAUCCUCCCAUCAUAGACUGGCCCGGCUGGUAAAAACUAGAACCUAUCUGGACUGGCCACAGGACCCAGAGAUGCAUGAGGCAUUCUGGGACAGGUUAUGGUGUAAACUCAGCUCUAAUAAAGCCAACUAGACUUUGUUUCUGUACAUUGUAACAUUGAUUAAUUGCAAAGUGAGCAACAGUUCAUCAAAAGUUUAAUCAAUAUGACAACUAAUGGAAAAAUGUAUUUUUUUUUUACUUUUUACCUCAACUGGCAAAUGGAUGAGAAAAAUUAACUUUAAAUAUAUUUAGCCUACAUGUAAUGUCCAAGUUGUAUUUACUUUUAUAUAUGCUUAAUAAACCUGGUGUAACAUCAAAAAUGAUUCACUGUGCAAACAUAAAGAUUUCAUCUUUAAAAAAUUAGCACACUUUAAACACAUUACCUGAUGUUUUGAGUAACUACUGCAAUAAAUAUCCUUUUCUGCUAAAAA